AACGCGGGACUGAUGCCCAGCAAUGCCCUUUCGGCUGCAGCCUGGAAGCACAAGCCUGGACUUGGGCGAAGAGAGCGAAGAGGAGAAUGACAAUCCUCCAAGAAAGGCACGAAAGACGCUGAAGGAAGAUGAAGAAGAUGCAAAGCCAGGUGAAGAAACCUUGGGAUCACCAAAAGCGACAGCACAUGGCCGAGCGAAGGCCAAUGCAGAUAAGGUCUUGGCUCGCUGGUGUGCCAUUUGCCCAGACAAGUCCGCACAGGGCUGUGAAUUGAGCUGUGCUAAUCUUGGUGGCAGCGCCGGCAGUCGUGUCCGGCUACGAUGUGGCAUAGUCCUGUUGCUCCAAGGAGAAGUUCCUCCCAUGACAACGCACGAGGCAGUGGCAUCAGCUUCAGCUUUCCUUCGACAGAAUGACCCCGUCAGAGCAGCCAAAGCAUUGAACCAUGCUGCACCUUUGACCGUCGCUGCAAUGGUGCAGGAACACAUCAAGCUGGCAACGCAAGACCCGGAAGCGAAUGCAGAGCGCACGGGUGCAUCGCCAAGCAAAAAGCGAGCCGUGGUGGUUGAAGGGGCAGAAAGUGACUCACAGGUGCUGACGCAGCGGGAUCGACAGCGCUUGGCAUUACGUCGAUGCUCGCCGUUGCCUGUUCCGUUUCGGGUGGCUUUCGCACCUCCAGAGCUCCAUGACUUACAAGGCUGUGACUUCAAGGAUGGCAUAGCCUUUGCCGCACAUUCACGUUGCAAAGAGCAUCGCGUCACAGCAAUCCUAGGCGACUGUCAUUUGGUGAGUGGUGGCUUCAUGUCUGCCAUGCAAGCUGCCGCAGACAAUACCUCGCGAGCGCCAGAUUGCAUUGUCGAGUUUGACAUGGAUCCUUUCGCAGCGCGUUUUGUGCCUUUUCCUCCUACGGAUGAGAGAAGGAUCUACAGCAAAGUUCAUGCCAUUUGCCCGGACGGUCAGCACAGAGCGAUUCUCUUGAGCUUGCCAUGUGGAUGCAAGCCGGCGGCCGAGAGUGGCGAGAGUGGCCAGAGCCGCGAACUUCUCGCACGAAGCUCACAGCUGUCUCAGCAGCUCUCCUUCAAGUGCAGCCUCUUGCGACGGAGCAUCGAGCGCGGACGUCUCUUCGGAGGUGGUCGCAAGGCUGUGGAGGAGGCCUUCACUGCGAUUUUGGAUUCUCCAGAACCGUCUGCGACAGCUUCCGCUCUACGCUGUCUGACGCUGGUCAGCAUGGAAGCCGUGAGGCUUUGGAAGGCUCGACCGGAACAUGUGAGCUUCGGCAGCCUGGCCAUGCUCGCCAUCUUGGCCAGUAGCGUACCCUCUUGGCGACCGCCUUUGGCUCUGCGUGAAGCGCUGCUACGCACUGUUGCUGCAGUACAGGCAGCGGAUCAACCAGAGUCUUGCAUGCCUUGGCGAAAUUGGCGGAAGCCAGAGAUUGGAGGCGACGACGGUGGUUUGGAAUUUCAGAACGACGACUUGUCGCAGCUUCGCAAUGCCUUGAGGCACUUGACAAGAGGCUUCCUGGGAUGCCUGGCAGCUGAAGAGGCCGACAUGGUCGGGCGUUACACUGACGUCAUGGUAAAUCGUGGCGGCUUGCCGCUCUAUCACCUUCCACUUCCUCGGCCAGAGAUGGAGGAGACGUUACCUUCUGACUACCGAAGUGCUGCUGUCGACUGUAGUGUCCUUCCACAGCUGCCACUUCACUUCCAAGCUGCGUUGGCCAAGCCACCACUGUGUGAAAGCACGAAUUUGAAGGACCUGCAUCUUCGCAACCUGCGCUUCUUCAUAGAGCAGACCCAGUUCAACAUCCGCCAGCAAAAAGACAUCAAACGAAGAGGCGGUUACAUCGAAGCAGGGGACAUGGAACGUAUCGUCAACUACAUGGACGAGGAGCAUUUCGCCCAGGGCAGAGACCUUGCAGAGGCGAGAGCGCUGCCAGAGGAUUCACGCUUGCGCGAAGUGAAUUCUGAGGGCUUCACCAGCGAAGAAGAGUGUCACUUGCAAUCGGAACGUUGCCGCAGUCUCCAAGAGACUUUGAAGUCGCUGCAGAAGCAAACGCUGCAAAGGUCUUUGCAACGGGCAGCGCUGAAGCCUAGGCAAGAUGAUUCAGUACCGCUGGAGGGCGCAACGUGUGUCGAAUCGAUUGACCCCAGUGCCCGGUUGGAUGCGUUUCUUAGCUGCUUCGGUGGGUCAGUGGAAGUCAAGAUACCAGGGAAGGAUGUGCGCGGACAUUUGCGGGUGACUUGUGCUCGGAAAGACACGCCAAAGAGGCCUUUGCUGAUUCAGAAGGCACAGAAGGUUUCAGCAACAGGAGACAGAGAUGGAGCCUUCCAAGAAGUCCUUGACACAACUCUUCGCGAGGCCGCCACUAAAGAAUUCUGCAAAUCAUUUGGGAAAGGAGCCUUGCCACGUCCACCACAAGGUUACGUUUGGAAUGUGCCUGGACCAGAUGGACCAGGAGUACUUCGAGUUGAGCAAGAUGACGGUGAUCAGCUUCGAUUUUUCGUUGGUGAAGUAGAGUUACAACCCUUCGAUGCCGGCCCAAUCUUGUGGAAGUGCAUUCCGCAGCCCCAACUUUGCAGCAAAGCAGAUGAAGACCCCAAGGAGCGCAAAGUGGUGCAGAAGGCCCUCUACCUGCAACCCGCUCAGCAAGUGGAUUUGCUGCAAGAGCUGCAAGGCAGGUCUCAACGGACUGCUGGUGUCCUUUCGUGGCUUGAGGAUGCCAAGAAGAGCGGCAUCGCUGCUUGCAUAUGGCAAGAGGCCUAUGCUAGACUGGUCCUGGAAGAGGAACACGAAGGUCAUCCAUGUUUGACGCUAUCGGCAAGUCAUCCUUAUGCAGGUACACUGUACCGCAUCGUGCUUCUCCUCGCAUUCCUUUAUCCCUCAGUGCUGGUCCCAACUCGCUCUGAACUGGCCUUUCGAAUCUUCCGGGAGAGCAAGGUUCAAGGUUGCUUGCACCAACACUUGAAGAAUGCUUUGAAAAUAUUGGCCUUCAACCAGCAGUCUUCUGUGCGAGCGGGGGCUUUUCAGGGGAAGGUGAUCACACCGCUCUUCACCUAUCAGACAGAAGCAGUACAAAGAUUGUUGCAGUCCCGGCACAAUGGAGCGGCUGGAUCAUUGGAUGCCUCGUCUCUGGGUGCUGGCAAGACGUUGGUAGCCAUUAGCUUUUGCAUGUUCCUUGCAGCUCAACACUCGGGUGGCGAGUUCUUGGUCCUGGUUCCAUCCAGCUCGUUGAUGGAUGGGUGGCGCCAGCAGAUCGAGCAACACACUGAAGGAGUUAGAGUGCAAAUGCAGCAGGAGAAUGGUGUCCUGCGAGAAGGGGUGCAGCGAAAGUCACCGAACCAGACUUCACCACUUCGCCGAAAGCGCCCGGCCACCGCCACGUGGCAGCCAUAGGGUUAUAUAGGGUUUACUCGCAGCGUUCGCAUCACAAAUCAUGACGUGGAAUGACUGUCCUGAUAACAUCGCUUCUUA